AUGAUGGUCACCUCCAAAGAUAUGGACAAGAGAAGAGUAUACUCAGCUGUCCCUGUGGCUCCCGAUAGAGGAACAAAGAAAAUGCAGGGGCGCAUCCAGGAGAUUCUCAUCGCGUUCGCUGUUAUGACAUUACCAAUGUUGAUCUUCUCCGGUGUUCUGCUCGGCUUGGUCUUUCAUUAUCACAUCAAACAAAACGACUUUGUCUCUAGUGAUCUAGCAUUUGACUCCGACCAGAAUAAUCCAAACGUCUAUUUUGUCCGGAUAAGUGCAACCACACUCACCACCGUUGCUUCAUGGUCUAGCACUAUCGCUCCAAUAUUGGUUGGCUUCGGCGUCGCCCUGGUGUCCUACCCUGUCGCGAGGGGUCUGCUGACGGCCUCGGAAAAACAUGACGUGGCGCAGCUACCAACACCGUUCCAGCUCUCGUUAAUUGUCCGCAUGAUCUCGAGCGGCUCAUUUUCUGCCCUUUGGAGCUGGUUGAUGUAUUCAUAUGGCUGGAGAGGAAAGCGCCAGCGCCAAGGGAGUGCGAUAAAGAGUGUGACGACCGUAUUGACCCUCGGUAUUGUCUUAAGCACUCUUGUCAUUGCCACCGAUACUUGGCUUCACUUCAGUACCAAAACCGUCAACUUCAUCCAGCCGUACGCAAACUCUGACGCCUCGGGUCUUGGAUUCGGCAUGUACGAGAAUUGCACAAACGUAGACAGCAGACUCCUCAGCUGUAACCUCAACAACCCUGCCUCAGGCGAUGUCCUACUUAACGUCGAUCCGAUGAAAGUUCUCUCCAACAUUUCAGAUACAAUGACAGUCCCUGUGUUAUCUGUGGGUCAAGAUCAGUACGCAUACGUCGCGAGCCCGGCAACACCUCGCCUAUCGCUUCUCGACUACACCGUCUCAACAUACGCUAUACAUUCGCAAUGUUCUCCAGUUACUUCCCAGUGCACAGACCCCAAUAAUGUCCCCGGAGUUGGCACACCCUACAAAUGCCCAUUUGCGUUCCAGGGGACCGUCAACACAGCCGUAGGCGCGUCCAACUCCGUCACCAUGGCCUACUUCACAGACUCCACGGGAUCUAACAAUAACACCGAUACAACCUUGAUUGACAACCCCUACUACUACUCCGCCAUGAUCCUAGCGAAUAUGCGCAAUCCACGCCCGUUAACCCUGCAGAACGAUCCGGAGGUUCUGUCCGGUGGACACGGCGGUGCUACUAUCGUGGCACUGCGCUGCAUGUCCACCGUUUACGACGUCGAAUACUCUUCAGUCAACGGCACUAUCAAGAAUUGGAGGUCUAGCAACUCCAACCGUUCAACAACGCUUAUCGUGCAAGGCACACAGCGCCAUACAAACGUCGGGAACCCAAACCUCAUUCAGGCCGCUAGCAUCGCAGGGCUAAGCAAUUCUGCACAAGAAAUCGCAGAUCAGUUCGCACUAGCAUAUAGUCAAACCGCCUUGGCAGUCGCAUCCGGCGCAUUCGAGCCCCGUAUCGCUUUGGCGUCUCAAGUGCGAGAACAGAUUCUUGUUGCACGCGUUCCCAAAGCGCCACUGUUUGCCCUGAUUGCCACGAAUCUGCUGCUUGUGUUGCUAGGCAUUAUACUCGCCAUUGUAGCUCUGAUAGCAAAUCGGGGCAAUACAGGAGAGGUACAGGCGCGUCUGAGUAUUCCCGCAUUAGUAGCGGCACUGUUCGAAGUAAAUAGGGCAAAGCCUGUGGAGGAGGUAGAGGAUAUGUUUGAGGAGAGGUAUGGUGAGCAAGGACCGCGGAUUGGGGUUGCAAAGGAAACGGAAGGGGGUUGGGUGUUUCAGAGCUGGCGUCCAAAUUGA